AUGCAUGGGAGUGUGAGUAUUGAGCGUCGUUUGAGGAGGAGGAGUGGGAGGAGUAGUCGUGCGAGUGGUGAUGAUGUUUUGCCGCCAAAAUCAUCGUCUUUGCACGAGAGUUUAGGAAACGAAGGCCCCGGGGAGAAGAGAUGGUCGGUCAAGGAGCUCGUCGAGAGAAGUAGCGGUAAUAGUAGUAGUAAUAAUAGUAGCGGAUGCGUGAUAUCCGCGGAGGAGUUUAGGAAAACCGCGGAGAGCGUGAAACUUUCUUUCGACGACCAGGAGGAGGAACAGUUAGCGAGGAGAGAGGUGGAAGAGAUUGUUCGGUUUAGCCAGAUGGUUUUAUCGUCAUCGUCAUCAUCAUCGGAUGCUGGUGGUGGUGGUGGUGGUGAAAAUAAUAGUGCAGAUGACGGCGUGGAGGAGAGGGCGGCAGAGAGGAACGGGCCCACGCCUCGACGCCGAGCGGACGAGUAA